UUGGUAUUGGUGGUCGCCUACCUCUCCUUCAAUCUUUGUUCCGCUUGUUUGGCUCCGUGUUUGCUCAAGAGAAACCCUAUCAGAGCAACGAAAGAGUAAAGAAAACAAAGAAGAGAAAGAUGCAUUCAACUCAUCUCCUGCUGGAAGAGCCCAUCAGGAUGGCUUCUAUCUUAGAGCCAUCCAAGCCUAGUUUCUUCCCCGCGAUGACCAAAAUCGUGGGGACGCUGGGGCCAAAAUCACGAUCCGUGGAGGUGAUUUCUUCUUGCCUUAAGGCUGGCAUGUCUGUGGCACGCUUUGACUUCUCAUGGGGUGAUAUCGAUUAUCACCAAGAAACUCUCGAAAAUCUGAAGCUAGCCGUCAAGAGCACCAAGAAGCUCUGUGCGGUCAUGCUAGACACUGUGGGCCCUGAGUUACAGGUCUUAAACAAAAGUGAGCGUGCAAUUUCCCUUGAGGCUGAGGCAUUUGUUACCUUGACUCCUGAUCAAGAGAAGGAAGCCUCCUCGGAGUUGUUGCCGAUUAAUUUCAGUGGGCUUUCAAAGGCAGUUAAAACUGGGGACACAAUUUUCAUCGGUCAAUACCUGUUUACUGGGAGUGAAACUACCUCUGUUUGGCUUGAGGUCACUGAGUUGAAAGGAGAUGAUGUGGUUUGUGUGAUAAAAAACACUGCAACUCUGGCUGGAUCAUUAUUCACGCUGCAUAUUUCUCAGAUCCGUAUUGAUUUGCCUACACUCUCUGAUGCUGACAAAGAUGUUAUAUGUAAAUGGGGUGUUAAGAACAACAUUGACUUUUUAUCAUUAUCUUAUACAAGGCAUGCAGAGGAUGUCCGGCAGGCACGUGAAUUCCUUUCAAAGUUGGGGGAUCUUCAUCAGACUCAGAUUUUUGCAAAAAUUGAGAACAUAGAGGGGUUAACCCACUUUGAUGAAAUCCUACAAGAAGCAGAUGGCAUCAUUCUUUCUCGUGGAAAUCUUGGAAUAGAUCUACCACCAGAGAAGGUGUUUUUUUAUUUCAAAAAGGCUGCUGUCUACAAGUGUAAUAUGGCUGGAAAACCUGCUGUUGUCACCCGUGUAGUUGACAGUAUGACAGACAACCUAAGACCCACUCGUGCAGAGGCAACAGAUGUUGCCAAUGCAGUGCUUGAUGGAAGUGAUGCAAUUCUCUUGGGUGCUGAGACUCUUCGAGGAUUAUAUCCUGUUGAAACUAUUUCAAUCGUGGGUAAAAUUUGUGCAGAGGCUGAGAAAGUUUUUAACCAAGAUCUAUACUUCAAGAAAACUGUGAAAUAUGUUGGAGAACCAAUGACACACUUGGAAUCUAUCGCCUCAUCUGCAGUUCGUGCUGCUAUCAAAGUCAAGGCUUCUGUGAUCAUUGUCUUCACCUCAUCUGGAAGAGCUGCAAGAUUAAUUGCGAAGUACAGGCCGACAAUGCCUGUUCUAUCUGUAGUUAUUCCCCGGCUCAAGACAAACCAACUUCGAUGGAGUUUCACUGGCGCAUUUGAAGCUAGACAAUCUCUUAUUGUUAGAGGCCUAUUUCCUAUGCUUGCAGAUCCUCGGCACCCUGCUGAGUCCACAAAUGCCACAAAUGAGUCUGUUUUGAAGGUUGCGCUUGAUCAUGGCAAGGCCUCUGGGGUCAUCAAGUCGCAUGAUCGUGUUGUUGUCUGCCAGAAAGUUGGUGAUGCUUCAGUUGUGAAGAUCAUUGAGCUGGAAGAUUAAACUGUCCUGUAACUUGAACAUUGGGAUGGAUCAGUUAUCAACCUAUCUUUGUAGUAUGCUCUUAUUAUUUGGGAGAGAUUUUGCAAUAGUAUGUGUAUUUGGAGGGUCUUGGCUGUAGCAUUUCUGCUUCAGGGCAGCCAUAAAUUGUUUAGUGUUGUGAUUGAGUUGCAGGAGUUGAUCACAAACCUUAAAUUUCUGCUUCAGAGUCAAGUCAGUCACUAAAUAAAAGUACCCAUCUGAUGUAACAUGGGUGUGGCAACACUCUACCAUCUUCAGACAACACAACGCUGGGCAGCUAAUUUUGUUAAGAGGCUCUGGCUCUGGGGCAUACCUUGUUUGAAAAUAAUUAUGUUGCAUAUUA